CCGGAUUUCAGCUAGACGGUCGUCGGCGUCGUGGAUGUCUUAGCAUAGCUACCGCGCCGCCGCGAUCACUAGUCCGUUCUCGUGAAUUGGCCGGCGGAUUCUCUCGCGUUGCUAUAAUUCGACUGUGCAUGACAACUGUAACUCAGACCUAACCGAAGGAGGCUUGAUUCGCGGCUGAAACAGACAUCUAUAUCUCGCGCGGUUGUACUUGGACUUUGGAUCGGACCAGCGAUUGCUUUGACUGUACCUGACAAGAUACCUAUAGAUGUCCUCUACUCGAGAUACUUUGUUUCCCCCAGCAUCUAUCGGACGCACUAGCUCACCAGUGCCGCGUGUAGCGUCCCACGAGAACUUACCCACUCAUCCGCUCCUGUCGCCUCCUGCCCCAUCCUCACCCACAUCUGCAACCUUCAUUGAAACAGCCACCUCGGGCCCUCCACGAUAUGUCCCGUACACGCCGCGACAGCGUGUUGUCCCAACGUCUGCGACCACCGGCGCGACCAUGCAUCCAAACAUAAGCCCGCAACAGCAGCAAAGCGCGUAUCAUGGCGACGCUACCAGCAAGCUUCAGCUCAUGAAUCUCAAGGCUGCGGCCCAACGCAUAGGCCUGGAUGCAGGCAGCACAGGAUGGGCGAUACUGGAGCGCCUAGGGUCGGAGACAGAUCACGGACCCGAGUGGAACGAUAUCUGGAACGCAUUGUCAGUGAGCAAGGCGACCUUGCUCUUACCCACAGAGCUGCACCGACCAAGUGACCCAAUCACUCCGGAACUUAUCAAGGAUCACAUAGCACUGUGCGACAGCUCCUCCAAGAAUGGAACAGCAAUCGUCACUCUCUCAGGGAUCCGUGGCACUCUCGCAGAUCAUACCCUGGCGUUCCGCUCAUCGAUCUCCCCGGAAUCGGAGUCGUUCCUCGCACUUCUCUCCCCCUCCAAGCGGUCGUCCACGUUUGCGCUACUGCCUCCUCUUCCAAACCCUCUAGUACAGCCCUCGUCACCGGCACCUCCCUCGCCUUCCUCCUCUGUGUCAUCCAUACCAUCGGCCCUACCACGGUAUCCUUCCUUUACCAAUUCCUCUCAUGUCGCCUCUCUGCCCCUUCCUCCUCGUCCCUCGGUGCCUAAACCGCCUUUGCCCCCUCGUCCGGGAACCCGGGCGGCAUCCGGUCCUCCAAAUCCGACUUCACGUCUGUCCAACCCUUUUGCUUCCCUUUUUGGACGUGCCGCUCCCUCUGCAAGUCCAUCCACCACACCUAUCUUACUGCAUCCGGAGACAGCAAUGGCUUCGUCUAUCUCCACACCUAGCUCCACCGGAUCGGGCCCCAGCACGUCAUCUCUGUCGCAGGCAGGAUCGACCGCUUCUCCAGGAGGAGAUCGGGGAGCAGCGUCAGAACACUCAGUCGAAGUCACGGCAUAUGCGAUCUCGAAGACCAUUGACCGCGCGUCGCUCGGUCGGGCAUUAACGGAUGCGAUUACAGGUGAAAUGCGCGCUGCACUCUGGGAUGCGCACGUCCCACCAUGGGCUGUAGAGCGUGUGGAGCGAUUCUCGCAGCCGCUCUUCCCAAUGUCCAGUGUCGGGGCUUCGGGUGCUGUUAAGGAAGCAAACGGGCGUAAGGUACCUGGUGUUAUAGAUACAACCACUGCUGGACGGACAGUCUCCUCGCGAAUCAAAAGCAAGGCAGAUUCAGAUGCAGAGUGGAGCAUAGCCAGCGGCGUAUCUCAAGAACGCGCUGACGAAUUGGCUGACAAGUUCCAGGGCUUCUAUGCGGAGCUGGAAGACAUGCUCUGGGAGCGCCUGCCAAAGACCAGCCGGAAGCAUCUGAAAGGAAAUGGAAGGAACACCCAGCUGAACGAAAAGAAGGGAAGCGGGAAUGAGAGCAUGACUACGAGUACAAGUGAAGGUGGUAGUGACGUUGAAGAAAGCAUGCAUGAGAAGGCGGCAGGAGAGACCGAAGAGGAUCAUGAAUCGGGGACACAGGCGGAGAUACAACGAAUCAUGAAUGCUGUGGAGCGUGUCCUCUGCUCGCUAUUUUAUGAUAGGUUGUUCUGUCCAGCCAGCACGGAUGACGCAUCUCACGACGAAACUCUCUCCAGCCGGAUCGCAGCAGUCAAUGUUCUCGAUCUCGGCCUUGCCCAUCUUGGUGUAGAUGUUGGUGACUCAGGAAAGCAAGUGGAGGCAGUGAUAGGUGACUGUGGACGAACGCUUAUGCAGCUUGACACGGCACGUCGUUCGCCGGCUGAGAAAGCUGCCGUCCUUGUUUCGAUACAUAAGGUCAUUGUUGACGGACUGUCAAGGUUGCCUCCUAUCGAGCUGAAGUCGGAAGAGGAGCUGCUGGACGAUAAGACUCCGCGAGCGGGAUCUUUUGGGCGCAAGAACCCAGAUGAUGACCAUGCUGAUGACGACGACGACGGGAACGACACCACCCUCAAGGAAAGAGCCCGCGACGAUACUGACAAUCUUGGAAAGCCGGAGCCAUCAUUGCUUUCACCGGCAAUAGUCCUGUCACCCGAGGAUGCCAACGGCUCAAAUAAGCAGAUCGUCGUCUCGUCUUCGCACGAGCAAACAGUUUCAGCCGACGGUGAUCGCACGCUACAUUCUCCUACAGAGACCUCCUCCCAACGCGUGUUUUCCCCAGUCCGUAGUAGCUCGCCUCUCCUCACGGCUACAUCGCGGACUGCCACCCCUACACAGGUCUCCGGUGAUGUCAUCCUCCCAUUGAUGAUCUUCGCUGUCGUCAAGGCCAAUCCGCCGCGGCUUGUUUCAAAUUUGCUGUACAUACAACGUUUCCGCCGUGAAAGCGCCGGUGGAGGUGAAGAGGGUUACUGUCUGAUCAACCUGAUGGCAGUUGCUGAGUUCCUGGAGAAUGUUGAUUUGGCGGCGUUGGGUCUAGGGGAAAGUGGGAAGACCGUUCUCAGUCCAUCCCAACUUAGUCCAAUCCCCCUCGCCCGUUCUGUUCGCGUUCCAGGCGCUGAAUCGGUGACAACUCAAGUCGCACAGGCAAGCUUGCGUGGCAGAGUGGAGCAGCAGGUGGAUGCCAUUGCAGGUUCUGCCAACAAGGUCAUAUCUGGAGUUGUGGACACCUCGUUUGGGGUGCUGCGUUCCCUUCUGCCGGGACAGAAUCAAGGACAAGGAUCCUCUACUGGUGGGAAUACCGAGAGCACAGAGGAGUCAGCGUCACGCCCUGGAUUUGGUAUUCUUAGACGAGAUACGGGCUUCUCAAUCGCAAGCUUAGCGGCUUCAUUACCAGGCAGCCGCACGCGAUCUGCAUCUACAGCACACAAUGAAGAGUCUGGACAGCAGAUGGUGGAGGUUCCCUCAAGACCGGGAUCAAGCAGAUCGAUGCAUGUAGAUGAAGAGCUUACGGCUUCGGAUGAACAGAGCAGUGGGGAUGAAGACGAAGGAGACGAAGAAGAUGAGGGAGAGCACGGUCAUGAUACAAGGAGUAUCCGUAGCUUCGAGAGCAUGAUGAGCGGCCGCACUGGGCGGAGGAAGGGCAAGAGACGACCCUCUGCCCCCCGCAAGAGCCUCACGGACCGGCUUGCAAACAUGCCAGGUUUAUCGCGAUUGUCUCAGAACCAGCCGCACGAUGUGCCCAAGCUGAGUUCUCCGCCAGCCUCACGGCGAUCGUCCCUCCUCAUUCCAACAGGCUCCACACCGUACCGGUAUGACUCACCUGUAUCGUCGCGCGCAGCAUCGCCGAUUGCGAUCCGCAUAUCGCCCCCUAACUCGCGUUUCCUCACAUGCACCGAGGAUGAUAUCAAGGUCUCGGAAGUGGGAGAAUUGUUGAGAGAGUACAAGCGCUUGGCCGAGGCUGUUCGUGCUAUGGGUGGAUUCCAAGACGAAUGAGACUUCGGUGUCUUAUCCUGAGCAUUCGAUAUUGCACCUGUGUCACAGGUGCUCCGCAGUAUCCUGUCGCAUCUCAUGCCUUGUCAUAUAUUUUAUACUUAUCGCUCAUUUCGAGUCCAUGAUCCAAAAC